CCGUCAGAGAGCCGGCAGCCCGCAACGCGAGUGUUGCUGCCGAGCUUUGAUAAGGUCGAGAGGGACCGCACAAUAUAUAAGCGCUUGUGAGAGAACUGUCAACGUCGCUCGUCGCCGUCAUCGUCGUCGGGGUUGUCGUCGACGUUUCUAGACAGCAGAGAAGAAGAGAGUCCAUCGCGAGGAGAGGAGAGAAGAAUUUUCGCGACGUCGACGGAGAGGCUUCCCCACGUCGGGCAAAUCGGAGUCGCGUAUAGAGGAAGACCAUCCGUCGAUCGCCGGUCUUCACAUAGUUCUCUCUCUCUCUCUCCUCUCUCUCUCUCUCACUCUCUCUCUCUCUCUCUUCCUCUCACGCUCGGAAUCCAUCGUCUUCGGAGACGAUCAGCAUCGACGGUCCUCGCUCAAUCGGCGAAUCUCGCACAGUACUUUUCGCGGCGCGCAAAGGGAAAACGAAAGGCGGGGCCCUGGCCGGGUCUCGAGAGAGAGAGAGGACGAAGGGAUAAAGGACAGCUCGGUGACGUGCCGUUUCCGCAACCUAUCAUCCCUUCGAAGGCUCAUCCCCGGCCAUUCCGUUCUUUCACGUCAUCGCAGCAGCAGCAGCAGCGGCUCUUCGGGAUACCUGGAAACCGAUUGCUCGAGACUUCCCGGCACUCGGAAUAUAUUGCUGGAGGGCGUAACGAGUAAUUAGCAAUGAGUACCACGGACCCUGCCGGGGAGGGUGGAGGAGGAGAGGAAAGCGCCACGUCGACGAAUGUCGAACAGAAUGCAUCUCCGAGUACACCGAAUACCGGAACCGCGGUACCAGCGACCGCUCAACAGCAACAGCAACAACAGCAGCAACAUCCGCCGCCGUCGCCCCUAAGUGGCUGCUACCUUCUCGUCGUGCUUCCUGAGCCUCAUACUGCACAACACAAGGACCUCAUCUUGAACCGCCUCGCGAAAGGUUUUCUAUCAUGGGACAAAGAUAGUUGUCAUGUAGAUCUGGAGAAGGAACUAUUGGCCUUAGUAGCACAAGCCCCCGAAGGCGAAGAAGCCAGAAAUGGUGAAAGAUUGAUUCAAUAUGCUACCGAGAACCUCGUGACGGAAGUUCUCAUUCACCCGCAGACGAAUACAUUGUUACAGUGUAUUCGCAAUCUCCUCGCAAGUUUCACGAAACAUCGGCACAUCAUUCACGCUGGAUACACAUUCGGCGGUAAUGGUUCCUGGAUACUGCAGGAUGGAACCUUCAGUCUCGCAGACUUUCUGGAUGCAUUCAGUGAACAUGAGGUGCAGAGAGUUCUUCGUGCCUACGAGAAUAGCGUUACCGUAGAUAUACAUUGUGCGGGUGUUGGCGAUUGGACGACAAGUCGAUUAUCGAAGGAGGCUUGUUGCAGAUUUUGCAGAGUCAGAGUGAAUCCCGACGAUGUUCUUACGGCUGGCAUGCCGGCUAUCACUAGUUUCACGAAUUACAUCGGACAGUAUCUCGUGUCACAAACGCUGGACCAGCUGAUGGAACCGUCGGACGUUGUCGGAAAUAUUAGAUUUAGUCAUCCGACUUUAUACGUUCCCGGUGGGCAAGGUGACGCCGCGCUUUUCGGUAUAAACGGCUUCAACAUGCUCGUCGACGGCGGCUUCGCUAGGAAAGCCUGCUUCUGGGACUUCACCAGGCAUCUAGACCGAUUGGAUGCAGUUCUAGUCACUAGGAUAAAUAAUAGCAACAUCGGCGGCAUGUUUAGCGUCCUUCGCAAAAAAAAGGAAUUGCAAGUUUACCCUCAAAUCGGCCAUUUCUUCUGUAACUUAGUCGAAAGAAGACAAUCAAAUUCACCUGACGGCGAUAAGGAUAUCGAUCCCCUCAUUCUCAAUCUCACCGAUAUCGGUCAGGAGAUGGUGCUGAAUCUUCGGCAUAUCAAUCUCCGUGCUCAUCCUUGCUACAGAGAUUCCGAGCCGAUUAAUCUCUAUCACAAAGUAGGUCACGGCACCCUGGACAUGUACGUGCUUAGUCCGAGCAAAGACAGUCGCGAAGUGCGCGAGUUUCUGUCCAAGUGGCAUUCGUCGGAUUCGAAGCUGUUUGCCGGCUCUCACAAGAAGGACUCGAAUAAUCUCACAUUCCCGAUUCAGAACCUCGUGUCGAUAUGCGCGCUUCUGGUUUGGCAGCCGGCCAAUCCCGAGGAUAAUAUCACGCGAAUUCUCUUCCCCGGCAGCACGCCGCAACACAAGAUUUUCGAAGGUUUCGAACGACUUAAGCAUCUGGAUUUCCUAAAGCACCCUGUAUGUUCAGCAAAAACACUGUCGCCGUCAACGUCUCUGGCGACGCUCAGAGACAAACCGAUCAAGAAAUUCGGCCUUAUCGACAGAGAAUCGAAGAAAAUCUCAGAGCCGAAGAAAGAGAGAAGAGAACCAUCGGAGCCCAAGUCUAUUAAGGCUGCGGACGAGGCAAUUUCGAAAACAACCCCCCAAUCGACACCGAUUAUUCCCACGAGUAAACCCAAGACCGAAAUGAAGACGAAGAAAGUUGCCGAAAAUAAAAAGAUUGAGACCGAGGCUAAGGAGAGCAAGAAGAUCGAGAAAGAAUUGAAAGAAGUGAAAAAAGAAUCUAAGAAGGAACUGAUUAAAGUAGAGAAGCGAGAAGACGAAAUAAAAAAGGCUGACAUAAUUAAACCGGAGACCGAUAAGACUGCCUCCAAGGAAAUUAAGGAACCUAAGGAACCUAAGAUCAAGUCCGAGCCAAAGAAGAAAGAAGCAAAGGAGGGCAAGACGAUGUUAAAGGCCGAACUCAAAAAGAGUGAAGUAACCCCGAAGCCGAAGCUGAGCGAGAAGAAAGCUAGACUUCCCGGCGCGGAAAAGAAAGAUGCUGUAAAGUCUUCCCCCACAACGCCGAAGAAAACCUUGAACGGCACCGCUACAAGGACGGAGAUAUCGAAAGCCGCGCCAAAGACAAAACCAGCGCCCAAGGUCACUCCCAGUCUUCCGGCCAAGAGUGCCAAGGAGGCUAAUAACAGGAAAGUAGUGGAACAAAAGAAAUCUGAAGUCGAGAAGUCCGCCGUGAAGGAGACGCCGGCUCCGGCUGUUAAAGCGUCUGCGAAGCCUAAACCAACGGACAGAAAACCGAUCAGUCGUCGCACGAAACCGGUCAGUCCCAGUAAAGCUCGUCUGCCAGGCAGUCCGGCGAAAUCCACUCGUAGCACGCCGACCACUUCCGUAAAGUCUGACAAAGACGGCGUUAUUCGCAAGGUGAAGGGUGACAGAGGCACCACCGAUUCGUCCACGGUGUCCACUCCGUCUGGCAUAGAACCGGAAGCCGUAAAGCCAAUUGAUAAGAGUUUAAUAGAGCAGUCUGAAGAUAUGUCGCUCGAUUCUAUAGAAAGUAAAGUAUUGGCUGAUCUCAAGGAAGAGCGAGAGGUCGUCGAGGAAAUUGAAGCCGUUCUACAGAAAGCGGAGAGGAUUGAAGAGACUCGGAAAGAAGAUCGUUUUGAGGGAGACGAUGAAAUCACAGCCGAGGCUACGGAUAAGAAAGAGGAAGAUAUCACGGAAGAGGAUGUUACCGCUGAGAUCGAAGACAUACCUAAAAAGGAAGGUUCUAGGAAAGUGAGUCAGGAAUUGACCGAAGAAGACGAGUACCUCAUCGUAGAAAAGGAAGAAGUUUACACCGAGGAUUCGGUUCAAAGCGGCGAGGGCGAACAGAAGCAUGUCCUUGAUGAAGCCGAGUCGGAAAAAGCGAAAAUCCAACAAGACGCGGAAGCGAUAAGAGAAAAAGGUGAGAAGGAAGAACCCGAAGAGAAAGGAAAGGACGAGAGCCCAGAGAAAAGAAGUGAUGAAAUCGCGAACAAGGACAAGAAAGAGAUCGCUGGGCUGUCUUCGGAAUACAAGGAACAAUUGCAGAAAGAAGUGAAAGAAAUAAUAGCUUCAGCUGCUGAAAUCGUGCAGAAAACCGAAGAAAAGGACGACUCCGCUAAAAAGGACAGCGAGGACAUUACAAAGGAACCUUCCAGUCUCAGUCCGGAAAAAUUGGAUUCGUCAGAAAAGAAGACGACUGAUACAGACAUAAAACCGGAUGUCGAUCAAAAGGAGCAUAUUCUUGAGAAGAUGGAAGAAUCUCAAGAACGAAUCUCGACGAUAGAAUCGGGAGCCACUACAACCGCUCCAACUUUGCCCGAAGACGAGCGAAUACCGUUGGAUGAAAUAAAAGAGGACAUCGACGAGAAACACGUUAUCGAAGAAGUGAAAGAGAAAGAUGCACCUGCGAAGCAGAAGGAAGAGGUAAUUCCGGAAACUGUUCCUGUGACUGCCAAACCGGAAGUUAAAGUCUUCGACGUUCGUCAAGCGAUGCAAAAUCUGCAAAGGGACAUUGUUAAGACGCCCGAUGAGGUCGCCGAUCUGCCAGUUCACGAGGAAGUUGAUCCUAAGCUUUACAGAAUGGAAGAUUUUGAGAAGGGCAAAGAAGAGAAGCCGUCGCCAACUACGCAAGAGAUCAAAGAGCUGCCCACGCCGCCGGUGAAGGAGCAGAAAGGCGUCUUUAGCUUUUUCGGCAAAGUAGCGGAUAAAUUUGAAAAGGGCAUUGAUAAAUUGACUAAGAAGACGAAGAAAGAGUCCGACAAGGAUUCUGACGAGAAGUCCUCUUCAAAAUCCAGUUCUCCGAAAGAAGCGAAAGUUCCAGAAAAGACGUUUGAAGAGAUCGAUGUGGAGAAAAUGUUUCCUAAAGUCGGCAAAUCUCCUGACAAACCCGAGAUGUUUGAAGAAGCGGAACCUACGACCGUCGACGUGAAAGUGGCUGCCAUCAAAGAAACCGCGGCGUUUAUACAAGAGGAAAUAUUAGAUACGUACAAAAAAAGCGUAUCUGAUAUUGAAGAGAAGCUUCCGACUGAUAAGUUAGAAGAGAUUAAAAAAGCAGAAGCUGAAAUCGAAGAAGUGUUACUUGCAAAGGAUGUACCAUCGAAAUCGAUCAAAGAUGAAGAGAUUGCUAAAGAGAUUGAACUCCUGAAGGAAGAGGAUAUAGGAGAAGAUGCUGAAGAGGUAAAAGCUCUUCUGGAAGAAGCCUCUAAGAAAUUUAAAACUGUAAAGGAUAGUUUAAGAGAUUCCUUGGAAUCGUUGGAGGAAAAAGUCAAGGAGGAAGAAAUAGAACAUGUCAUAUUAUCUCCUUCGAAAGACGCAGUGAAGGAUACUUUGGAAGGGGUAGCUGAAAAAUUAGAGGAGAUAAAACCGCACAUCGAGACGAUCGAUAUAAAAGCACCGGAAAAAGUUAAGUUCUCUAUACCAAAGGACGAAGAUUUUGAAGAGGAAUAUGAAGAGGAACUAGAGGGACCAUAUAGAGAUAUGAAGGAAGCUGUCAGGGAUGUCGGAGAGGUUCUCGCCGGUACUGCCGGAAUUAUUCUCGAAGAUAAACCGAAGGAUGUUAUAGAAAUUGUGAAAAAAGUCGCCGAAGUUCUUAAGGAAGAUGAUUUUCUUUCCGACAAAGUAUUGUUUGAUCAAGAUUCUAAGAAAGAAGAAAUUUCGACGGAGAGAAAGCUCUCGAUACCGAGCGAAAAAAUAUCUCCGGAGAAAGAUACUAAAUUGGACGAAGACGAAUCUAAACUUGCUCAUGAAGAUAUUGUGACACCGGCGAAGGUUGGUACUACUGAGGUCCUUCCGGUUCACAAAGAAGUUGAAGAGAAACCUGACAAACUUCCGGCGCCGUGUGAGAAACACGGUAUUGUCGAAAUUACGGAGGAUCCUUGCGUGAAAAUGACAACAACAAAGGAUGAUUUAGUAACUUCGCCUAUGAAGGACACCGCAAAGGAUAAGGAAGACGCUCACAAGAUUUGCGCGGAAAUGUUGAAGGACGAUCAGCAUAUUUGUGAUCAACAUAAAAAAUCACCGGACGAUGAUACGUGUCGAGUAGACGUGAUGCAAGCUGGUAUCGAAGGCAUAUGCGUGAAGGAAAUAGCGAAACGGCCGUCCUUGGAGCGUGAGCUGGAGGAAGAAAUAGAGCAUCCUGUGAUAGGCUUCGAGCAAAAGGUUUCGCCGGCAAAAGCGGAAAUAGUGAUGGUGACUCCCGGUUCUACGCCAACCUCACCGAAAUUCACCGCGGACAAGAUAUAUGAUAGUGAAUUGGAAACCGGUUUUCAGGAACUUUCCAAGCUGCCGGAGGAUAUUAAACAGGUUCUCAGCAAGGAAGCACCAGUCGAGGAAGUAAUUGAGGAACUGAUUAUCACGAAAAAGAAAAAGAUUACCAUCGAAAUCAUCGAAUACAUCACCGUGGUGAAGCGUAUUCCGCGAGAACGCGUGAUUUACAUUAUCGAGGAGAUUAUCGUGAAGAAGGGAUUGCCCAGAGAGAGCGUAGUUGUUGAUCCUGAAAUUCUAAAGUUGAAAGAUUCCAUCACGCCUGAAAGGAGAAUGGAGAUUGAAGACUACAUUGUUAACGAGUAUAUUGUCAAAGAGAAGCGAAUCACCAUAGAAGUCAUCGAGGAAAUCUCGAUUAAAAAGGUCGUGCCUAAGAAGAUCGUCAUCGAAAUUAUUGAGGAAAUUAUUGUUAAGAGAAAAAUUGCCAGACAUACGGUGCUGGACAUUCCCGAGGAAGUGCUGUCGGAAAUAAUUGAAGAAAAAUCGUCGGAAGAAUCGCCAGAAGAAUCGGCAGAGGAGCAGAUAACACCGAAAAUAGACAUAACUGCGAAACGAGAAUCGAUUGCUGAGGUUGCUGCUCCGACCGAAGAAGAAGAAUCGAUUGUACCUCAGAAGCAAACAGAGAUUGAAGAAUUCGUCGUUAACGAAUACGUCACGAGGAAAAAGAUUACCUCAUCGAUAAUCGAUGAAAUUUCUGCUAAGAAAGCCGUGCCCAAAAAAAUUCUCACCGAAAUUAUCGAAGAGAUUAUUAUUAAAAGAAAAAUUCCUAGAAACGUAUUACUUGAUGUUUCCGAGGAAGAAGAAGAGAAAAUAUUGGAAACAGAAGCUUUAGACGAGAAACGAAAAUCAAUCAUUGAAGUUCCUAGCACGGAGAUUCCGGAAGCGAAAGAGUCGAUAACUCCGCAAGAAAGAGCGGAAGUUGAAGAAUACAUUGUUAAGGAAUAUAUUAUCAAGGGGGAUAGUAUUAAUGUACAAAAACUUGAAGAAAUCUGUGGUAAAAAGAAGAUGCCUAAAAGAAUAAUUAUCGAGAUUAUCGAGGAAAUUAUCAUUAAGAGAAAAAUGCCGAGGCAUGCGGUACUUGGAAUGACCGAGGAAGAAUUAUCGCGCAUAAUCAAAGAGGAAGCAACUUCAGAACCGGAAGUACCGGAAGUACCGGAAGCUGAGAAGAGGAAAUCGAUCGCUGAAGCGCUUAGUCCUGACGAAAAGAAAAAAACUCCACUUGAAUUGGAGAAAGAUAAAAAAGAUGUAUCUGAUCACGAAGUUAGCGAAGAAGAACUAUCAUCCUUGGAUGAGGAUGUCGAGGAGGAGGAGGAAGAGGUCGAUGGUUUUGUCAGCAUACAUAGAAAGAGCUUAGACGAGAAAAAGAUUUCCCCGAUUAAAACAGAGGUUUUAUCUGUAGCUGCAAAAGAGCAUGAAAAAGAUGUGAUUGACGAUUUCGAAGCUGUCGAACAAGAGUAUAAAGUACGCGAUGUACCGAUUGCAUCUCCCGAGAAGGCAGAUGAAAUGAAAGAGAAGGAAGAUAUCGAAGAAACUGCGGAAGAUACUACAAGUGAAGUGAUCGAGGCGGAUGAAAAAUUUGUGCAGGAAACUAAAGAAAAAGUUGAAAAAGAAGAACCUCGUAUCGAUGUGGUAAAAGAUAUUAAACCUGACGAAAAGAAACCUGAAGAAGCGACAGAGACAUCCGAAAUGUCAGAAAUCGUUGACACUACGGAAAAAUACUUGGACGAGGCUAAAGAAAAAACAGAUGACAUUUCUCCGAAAGAGAAAUCUUUAGUUGAGAAAGUUGAAUUAAAAGAAGAAAAAGUUGAAGAAAAAGAUGUCUCCGAUAAACGACCCUCAAUUGAUGCAGCUGCUGUGCCAGAAGUUACUUCUAAAUUAAUUGAUGAAAAGACUGCGACGGAUGAAGCGGAAGAAAUUGAGCCUGCGAUCAAAGAAAAAGUCGAGGACUUGACGACAAAAGACGAUAAAUCAAAACCGACAACUCCAAUUAAAGACGCAACGUUAAAAGAUAUCGUUUCUCCUGCCGAAAAAGAUGUUAAAGAAGUAGAGCCAGAAACAAAAAUCGCGGAUGCAACAGGCUUUGCACACGAGCCAAAGACAGAACUACUUGAAGACGAUAAAAAAUUCAAAUUGGAAACUGCAGAGAUUAAAGAAGCUCCAAUAGCCGAGGAAGAAAAGAGUCCUGAAGAAUUAUCCGAAGAAGUUUUAAGUAAAAGGGAAAGUAUCUCAAAAGAGCCGGAAGACGAAGUAAAAGCGAAAGAAGAGCCACAUGUUGAGGAAGUUAAACCUGUCGAAAAAAUUAAAGACGAAAAAUCACCAGAGGCUAAACCUACAAAGAUCGAUGAAGAUACUGGCACUGUAAAAAGAAUGCUGGUCACAGCAUGUAGCGAGGAUGGCAGAGAAGAAACAGAAAUUUGUCCGACCGGCAGCAUAACUUUUAUAAAAACCGUCACUCCGGAAGAUUCUCUCAAAGAUUCAGCAUCCGUUAAAUCCACACCAGACAAAGAUUCUUUACUUUUGGAUAAAGACUCGUUGCACUCGGGCAUGAGUACUCCUGAAAAGGAUAGCAUUUCCGAGAAAUCUGUACCCGAAGGUAAGGAUAAAAUCACCCCCGAAGACAGCUUAGAGAAAUCUCCUAUUGGUACUCGCGAUUCACAGGAUCUUGAAGACAGUUUGGAAAAAGUAGAAUUGCAUAAACCGAAGGAUAUUCAAGUACCGUCAACCGACGACGAAAAAUCGGAAAAUAUUGCAAAACCGAAAUCUCCUUUGGAAAAAGAAGAUUUAAAGUCCGAUGAAUUUUUAGCUGAGAAAGAUGUAUCGCACUCGCCUGAAGAGAAGCAAGAAGAGCCGAAAUCUCUCGCUAAGGAUGCAGGAGAAAUUGAAAAAGUGAAAUCUCCGGCUGAAGAAAUUGUUGAGAAGAAAAGUCCUACGAAGGAUAUCGAAAAAAUGGAGAAAUCAAGAUCUCCCUCACCGUCUAAAGUUGAACACGAGCAUAUACAAGAAUCAAAAUUACUUCUUGAUGAGAAGGAGCUUUCACAACCAUCAAAAGAAGAAACAACUAGUGUCUCGAAAACACCGGAAUCGCUCCAUUCAGAAGACAUUUCACCGGCCGAGACAAUUUUCUCGAAGUCACCCACGGACAAGCCUGAAAUGCAUUUCGUACCUAUUACCGAAGAAGAUGUUGCUCCCGAAAAAACGCCGAGUCCGGAAAGUAAAGAAUCAACAUCGGAAAAGCCCGAAACGAAAGAAUCUGAUUUGAAACCUAUAUCGCCUGUUAUUGCUACCAGUGCACUAGACGAAAAAGCUCCAUUUGAGAAAUCUAGAUCGUCGAGCGUAAGCAGCGAAAAGCACGAAGAGAAAGAUGUUUUAAGUAUAUCUAGUGAAAAAUCUGACGAGAAGGAAUCAUCUGUACGUUCUCCUAGUAAGUCUCCUAGUAAGGAACCGGUAGAUAAAUCUAAAUCUCCGAGUAUCGCUAGUGAGAAAUCCGAGCAAGAUAUUAAAUCCCCCGAUACAUUUGUUAGUGAUAAAGCCGAGGAGAAGGAAAGUGAUAAGCCAAAAUUGCCAAGCGCCAUCGAGAAAGAAACAAUAAUAAGUGAAAAAUCGCCUAUUCUCGAGAGUGAACAUUACGAUGAAAAGGGACCAAUUGAUGAAGCUAGAAGAUCAAGCGCAAUCAGCGAUAGAUCUGAUGGGAGAAAGGAAGCCGAACGUUCGAAGUCACCGAGUAUAGCCGCGGAUAAGGCGGAUCUUCAAGAUGUGAUGGAAAGUUAUUUAGAGAAACAAAAAUCCCCUAUUUUUGAUAGGCCAGAAUCGCCUAAAGAUAUUGAUAAGACUGAAGAACAAGAUAAAACUAGAUCUCCCAGUGUAGCUAGUGAUAAAUCAGAUAGCAAAAAAGUAAGUUCUAGAUCACCAAGCAUUUCUGUAGAAAAAAUAGAUCUCAAGGAUAUGGACCUAUCAAUCGAGAGAGCCCGAUCGCCUAGUGUCAUGAGCGAUAAAGAUGAGAAACUUCCGAAGUCCGCCAUUGAUGAAACCGAAAUACCGAAAGACGCGCAAAAGUCUCCGAAAAUCGACGAAGCGAAGGAUAUGAUGCAACCUCCGUUAGACAAAUCCCGAUCGUCGAGUGUGACGAGCACUAUCAGCGAAUCUAAAGAAAUACUUAAAGAAAAAUCACCGAGUCCUGUCGAGCAGAAAUUAGACGUCGAGGAGAAAGAACCAUCUGAAAAAUCCAGAUCGUUCAGUAUCGUCGGAGAGCAAUCUGUUCCAGAGGAAAUUAAAAAAUCGCCAAGCCCUGUCGGAGAAAAAUUGGAGGAGCCGACCGACAAAUCGAGGUCACCGAGUGUCUCGAGUAUCGUAACUGAUAAAAAGGAACCUGCUGAUCGUUCGAAGUCACCAAGCAUCGUCGACGAGAAGCCAGAUUUGAAAGAUGUUCCAGAAGAAAUUAAAAAAUCGCCAAGCUCUGUCGGAGAAAAAUUGGAGGAGCCGACCGAAAAAUCGAGGUCACCAAGUGUCUCGAGUAUCGUAACUGAUAAAAAGGAACCUGCUGAUCGUUCGAAGUCACCAAGUAUCGUCGACGAGAAGCCGGAUUUGAAAGAUGUUCCAGAGGAAAUUAAAAAAUCGCCAAGCCCUGUCGGAGAAAAAUUGGAGGAGCCGACCGACAAAUCGAGGUCACCGAGUGUCUCGAGUAUCGUAACUGAUAAAAAGGAACCUGCUGAUCGUUCGAAGUCACCAAGCAUCGUCGACGAGAAGCCAGAUUUGAAAGAUGUUCCAGAAGAAAUUAAAAAAUCGCCAAGCUCUGUCGGAGAAAAAUUGGAGGAGCCGACCGAAAAAUCGAGGUCACCAAGUGUCUCGAGUAUCGUAACUGAUAAAAAGGAACCUGCUGAUCGUUCGAAGUCACCAAGUAUCGUCGACGAGAAGCCGGAUUUGAAAGAUGUUCCAGAGGAAAUUAAAAAAUCGCCAAGCCCUGUCGGAGAAAAAUUGGAGGAGCCGACCGACAAAUCGAGGUCACCAAGUGUCUCGAGUAUCGUAACUGAUAAAAAGGAACCUGCUGAUCGUUCGAAGUCACCAAGCAUCGUCGACGAGAAGCCGGAUUUGAAAGAUGUUCCAGAGGAAAUUAAAAAAUCGCCAAGCCUUGUCGGAGAAAAAUUGGAGGAGCCGACCGACAAAUCGAGGUCACCGAGUGUCUCGAGUAUCGUAACUGAUAAAAAGGAACCUGCUGAUCGUUCGAAGUCACCAAGCAUCGUCGACGAGAAGCCGGAUUUGAAAGAUGUUCCAGAGGAAAUUAAAAAAUCGCCAAGCCCUGUCGGAGAAAAAUUGGAGGAGCCGACCGACAAAUCGAGGUCACCGAGUGUCUCGAGUAUCGUAACUGAUAAAAAGGAACCUGCUGAUCGUUCGAAGUCACCAAGCAUCGUCGACGAGAAGCCGGAUUUGAAAGAUGUUCCAGAGGAAAUUAAAAAAUCGCCAAGCCCUGUUGGAGAAAAAUUGGAGGAGCCGACCGACAAAUCGAGGUCACCGAGUGUCUCGAGUAUCGUAACUGAUAAAAAGGAACCUGCUGAUCGUUCGAAGUCACCAAGCAUCGUCGACGAGAAGCCGGAUUUGAAAGAUGUCACGGAGCAACCGCAUGAUAAAUCAAGAUCGUCUAGCAUUAUAAGUACAGGAGAACAAAAGGACCCAAUCGAUCGCUCCAAGUCGCCGAGUAUCGCCGGAGAGAAAUCAGUCGACGAGAAGCCGGAUUUGAAAGAUGUCACGGAGCAACCGCAUGAUAAAUCAAGAUCGUCUAGCAUUAUAAGUACAGGAGAACAAAAGGACCCAAUCGAUCGCUCCAAGUCGCCGAGUAUCGCCGGAGAGAAAUCAGAUUUGAAAGAUCUCAUCGAUAUAUCUCAUGACAAAUCAAGAUCGUCAAGUAUUACGAGCGUGACGGAUAUUCAAAAAGAAUCGACGGAUCACUCAAAAUCGCCCAGUAUUACUAGCGAAAAACCGGAUAUAAAAGACGUAACGGAAGCAGCGACAGACAAAUCUAGUAGAUCACCUAGCGCGAUGAGUGAUUUAAAGGAACCCGAAGAACGAUCGAAAUCACCGAGCAUUGCUGAAGACAAGUCAGACGAAAAGGAACCGGCAGCUAAAUCUAGAUCCGCCAGCGUUGUAAGCAUUACAAGCGAGCAGAAGAAAACGACCGAUCGCUCUAAAUCACCCAGCGUUGUUGACGAAAAACCGGAUUUGAAGGACGUCGCCGAUCAACAUAUUGAAAAAUUACCGAGCGAUAAAUCCGACGACAAAAAAUCGUUCGGGGAUAAAAAAGAAGAUUUCGAGAGAAGUAAAUCGCCGAGCGUGGCUAGCGAAAAAUCCGAAGAUGCGAAGUCAGUCGUUAGUUCUAAACCGUCGAGCAUUGCUGGAGAUGCUGCGGACUUGAAAGAUGUGUCAGAACCGCCGAUUGACAAGUCUAGAUCGUCCAGUGUGACAACUGAUCGAAAGGAAUCAAUCGAAAGACCAGUUUCCCCUGGAGUUUCUCAACAAAUUAAAGAGCCGCAAGACAGGAGUAAAUCUCCGAGCAUAGCGAGUGAAAAAUCCGGCUCGAGACCGACCAGUAUCACGGAAGAUAAACCAGAUUUGAAAGAUGUCAUGGAACCGCCGGCCGAUAAAUCCAGAUCAUCCAGCGUCGCGAGUCUCACGGUCGAGAAAGCGGAACCAUUCGAAAAAUCGAUAUCACCUUCGGUCUCUGAUAAAUUAGAACCACCUGUUGAACGGAGCAAAUCUCCCAGCACUGCCAGCGAUAAAUCUGACGAGAAGGUAUCGGACAGUAAGGUCGGCGGUAAAGAAUAUUACGAAGACGCCACCGAUAAAUCUCCGAAUUUCGCCGAGGCGAAGUCUCCGACAGUCGUCGAAAAAUUGGAUAUUGAAUCAGCGGACGAUGUUCUUGACAAGCUACCGAUAGAAAAAAUAGAUAUUGGCGGAUUGAAAACGUCCGACGUAACCGACGAACAAGACGUAAUUGACAAAACGAGAUCAUUAAGCAUUAUCAGUGACAAGACAGAACCGAAAUCCUCGUCCGAUGUCUCGAAAUCGCCGAGUUUAGCCGACGAUAAAUUCGAUCAGAAAGAAAAGUCCAGAUCGUCCAGCAUUGGUAGCGAGAAGCACGAUGGCGUCGAUACCAAGAUUUCACCGAGUUUAGAAAAAAUGCCGAAAGAUGAAUCCGCUAAGUCGUCGCGAGCCAGUUCGCCUUUAGAUAAAACACCGGCCGAUAGAUCGAGAACAGCCAGUUUAUUCGACGACAAGGUUCCUCAGGACGAAAGCAAGGGUUUGCCGAAAGAAAAGACGAGCCCUGCGACAUCUCCCGAAAUGAUUCAGAAAGAAAUGCGCAAGAUUCGCGAGAAACGAUUCGCCGAUUUCGGAGAACCGGACACUUCGCAGCCGAGCGCGAUAGAAAAAUUGGACGACGAGGAAGAAAGCAUCGUCAAAGUGACAGCUGAGAAGAAAGCGGAAAUUGAAAAGUACAUUUUGGAAGAGUUUAUCGAAAGGAAGAAGAAAAUCAGUUUAAUAGUGAUCGAGAAACUGGUCAUGACGUAUUCGGUGCCGCAGUUUAUAGUGAUGGAAAUAAUAGAGGACAUUAUCAACCGGCAAAAUGUGCCUAGGAGUGCGGUCUUCGACUUCGUCGAUGACGAAUCGUCCGAAUCUCAACACGAGAAAGAAAUGGCGAUACUGCCGCCGCAAAAGAAGGCGGACGUCGAAAAAUAUAUAACCGAAGAAUUCAUCGCGAAGAAGAAGAAAAUUACGCCGGAAACGUUGGAGGAGAUCGUCAUUCUCAAAGGCCUGCCGCGAUAUAUUAUUAUUACGAUCAUCGAAGAGAUUAUCGUGACCAAGCAUAUACCAAGAAACACCGUGAUCGAAGGUGAUUUAGGCGAACUGGAAGAGAAGAGUCCGGAUAUUAUCGAGACAAGUGACGACAGGCCGAUUGCGUCGACCGAUUUGAAACGAGCCAGCAUUACUCAGGAAAAGCCAAGCGACUCUACCAGAGGCGAAAGUACGGACGGUAAGGUAUCUCCUGCGGGCAGUGCUCGGGAUAAAGCGCUUUCUGCCAGUCCCAGCCUCAGUCCGGAGCCUAUCCCUUCCGACAAGUCGACCCAGGACAGUCCAGCUCGAUCGGAGCCGCAUAUAGACGAAGAAAUUUCGAUCUCGGAAGAGAAACGAACGGAAAUUGAAAAGCUGUUGGAGGAAGAGUACAUAAAGAAGGGUCACAAGAUCACGGAAGUGAUCCUCGAGGAGAUAAUUAUCAGAACUUCCUUGCCGAGAUACAUCAUCUUGGAAAUCGUGGAGGAAAUUAUACUAAAAAGAAAAAUACCGAGAGAAUCUGUGAUCGAUGUGGAGAUUUACCAAGAGGAAGAACCGGAAGAGGACUACGAGAAGGCGGUUUAUCACUACGACCGAACGGCGGACGGUUACGAAGGCGACAGAAAAUCUUCCAUCGAGUACAGAAUGAGCGGGAUGUAUGCGGAGUCGGGUGAGCGACAAUUGGAUAAAUCUGAUUAUCCGAUGGAUUACGAGAGCCAGUUCCAUAAGGCCUUUGUCGGCGGUAUGACGGAAAUGCGGACGACGCAUAUAACUACGCUUUCCGGCAAAUCGACGCCAGAAUUCGCCACUCACGACGCGACACCCGAGUCCGGAAUCGAAACCGCUGACAAGGCAUCCGAUAAGUUAUUGGAGACCACGACUCUUACCACGACUCACAUAACGGAAGUUGAAGAUCCAAAGACCGUGGAAACUGUCACGAUCCUGAGAGAAAGCAAGAUCGCGGAACCUCAUCUUCCUGAAAGUUCGGAAAAACACGAUACGAAGCACGAAAUUACCGAUAAAGAUAAACCUGAAAGUAAAACUGCAGAGAUUUCAAAAGAGACAUCCGGUGAGCCUGCGACCGAAUCUGACAGCGACGUCAUCGUGGUUAAAAUAAUCAAACGCGAAAUAGUCGAGCCGGAAGAGGACUCGGAACCGGUGGAGAUUAAAGAAACUAAACGGCCGAGCGUUCAACAAGACGAACCCGAGGCGAUUACCAAAAUCAUUAAACGGGAAAUCAUCGAACACGAGGAACCGGAAGUAGUCACUAAAGUCAUCAAACGCGAGAUUAUCGAGCAGGACGAGCCCGAAAUUAUUACGAAGGUAAUCAAACACGAGAUCGUCGUUCCCGACGAAGAGACGAGCGAUUCCAAGGAUGACUCCGGCGAGUACGUAAAGACGAUUACGACGAGAACAACGAGAACAAUCGUGACGGAGGAGCUGCCGGAUGCCGAAUUCGCGCAUACCGAUCCUUCGAAAAUUUACACCGAUCCUACCUCGGGCGCAACCUACAGAGUCGUGAGCGACGAAAGCGCGCCCGACGCGUCGACCAGCGCCGACGUGAAGCGAAUCGUGACGACGGUGACUACCAUCACCGGUCCGGACGGCAAGGUCACCACGAAGAAAGACGUGACGGAGAGCACCGACACGGUAGACAGCGAGAAACUGUUGGAGACGCUCAUCGAUACCGGCAAAAUCGCUACGGAGACCACCAAAUCGGCGGAGAAGAUCAUCAAGGAGACGAUUACAACGGUGACAUCCGGCACUUCGACGCCUGAGGUGAAGACCCUCUACGAUUCCGGUAAAUCGAGCCCCGAUCUCAAGCAGGAGGAGAAGUUCGAGUCUACGAAGGAGCACUUGGGCGCGGACAAGUUCGAGCAUCCAGUGUCGCCGUUAGUGCGAGAUCUAAUCUCGGACGAUAAGAGUUACUCCGGCAAAUCCUCGCCGGACAUAUCCCUGCCCAAGGACAUCGUCUUCAGCGGCUCGACCGGUAAAUCCACUCCGGAAAUACCCAUGUCGCCGUUGGUCCGAGACGGCGCCGCCGUUCAGCCGCAUCUGUCGGGUAGAUCGACGCCUGAUAGAAGAUCCGAGGGUCGAUCCUCGGCUACUCCGGAAGGAUUCAGAUCGGGCGAGGUGAUCCGCACCACCAUCACCACCACGAAGAUGAUAUCCGACGAAGGCGAGAUAGUGACGACCACCAGAGAGGUGACGGAGUCGACAAACGAGAAAGGCGAGACGGUUGUCCUGGCGGAGAAGACCGACGUGAAGGUGGACGAGCGUUUGCCUGGGAAGGACGCCGCGGAGAGCGCGAUCAGCAGUGUGAUCAAGUCCUCGGAAUCGCCGCAGCACAGCGACGACGACGAGCCGCCGAGCUCGCCGUUAUCCUCGACCUCGCAAGUGGGAUAUUCGCCGCAGAAGUGUUCGUCCUCGAAGGAAGAGGAGCCGCAGGUCGAAUUCUCGGCGGCUGCGAUGAGUAGCAGCUUCUACGGCGAGUUACCGGCGGUGCCGGCUCAGAUCUCCGCGAUGAAGACCUUCCACGGGGAGACCGGAGUGCAGAAGAGCGACGAUCCCGUGCCUCAUCAUUUUAUGGUGGAGAAGGAAUUUGCUGGCGGUUACGGCGAGAAGCCGGACGCGAAGAGAUACGUCGACGAGGCUGACCUGGAUUUCGACAAGGCGUUGAUGGAGCACAAGGAGAAAGAGGGCAAUGGUGCCUUCAGCAGUGGCAUAGCACCUAGGUACACAAACGGUAGUCUUCGACACGAGACGGAGGACGCGAAGGAUCAUCCGUCGUCCUCUUUCCGGGACGACAAGGACGAUUCGAAGGGUGACUCGAAGAAAGAUCCUCUGGAAGGAUGGGGAUCUCCUCUCGGCCUGCCGUCUCCGAAACCUCCCAGGAAAUUUAAUCUCAAGAACCCCGCUCAAGCGUCCUGCUCGAGCGAGUCGACUUCCGAAACCUUAAACUUCGACGUGUUGAAGGAUUGGGGAGAACCUCUUAGAUUGCCUUCACCCGCUCCGGCACCUAAUGAAGUCUCGAAUAAAGGUGCGCCCAGCACGCCGAAGAAGGAGCGGAAGCAAGCGAAGAGAGUCCAAUCGGAGAAUAUUAAAAAUAAGAAACGCUCGGAGAGUCCCGGGAAGAACGACAAAAGAUCCAAGGACUCGAAAAAUAAGAUCCAACCGGUUUACAUGGACCUGGCGUACGUGCCGCAUCACGGAAAUUCGUACUACACUUCUCUGGAAUUCUUCAAGCGAGUGCGAGCGAGGUAUUACGUUUUCAGCGGCACCGAGCCGAGCCGAGAGGUCUACGAUGCUUUGCUGGAAGCUAAAAAGACUUGGGAAGACAAGGAUCUUGAGGUAACCAUGAUCCCGACUUACGACACCGACACUCUGGGUUACUGGGUUGCCGACAACGAGGAGGCGCUCGCCGCAAAUCACAUAGACUUAUCGCCGUCCGCGUCCCGGUGCACCAUCAAUCUCCAGGAUCACGAGACUAGUUGUAGCGCCUACAGGCUCGAGUUCUAGGGAUUGGCAGCCUGCUCAGCCGUAAUAGUCGAGUUCUGAGCGGCGUCCGGAACGCGUCAUCAUUCCGCUUUUUUGGACCCAUUCCUAAGAAAAAAAAAGGAGAAAAAAAGAUAAAGGAAAAGAGAGGUCGAGCGCGCGCGCGCGUUGACCGACCUACCGUCCCGUCAGGGCGAGCCUUGACGCCCUGACUCCUUCUUCCCUUUGUAGAAGAGACCCGAAGACAGACGGCGUUUCGAAUUUUUCGAGAUUCCCUCGCAGUCGUAGCUCCGCGGCCUAGCAGGAUCGUAGAAAUCCUAUCGAAUUCUAUGUAGAGGUUUUGUCCCGAAGAAGAGAGAUCGAUCUUCGAGUUCGCGCAGGUCUCAAAUCUCGAGACCUAAAAUUCUAAUCUAAGUUAAAACACGUUCUCCGUAUUCUUUCGCGAGGAGACGGUGCGGGCGACGAGACGAGAGAUUGUAGGGAUUUUUCUCCUUAGUACGGAUACAAGGUAUAACAAAAUUAAUUACUUACUUCUAAGAAGCGGAUUAUCUAAAUAGAGAGAAGAAUUUCAUGAAGGAUGAUCGGCGCUGUGUUAAUAACAGCGGCGAAUAUCCUCUUUUUUGAUCUAACGAUAUAACGAGAUAUUUGUAUUUCUACACUUUGCACACCGUUCCGCAGCCCAUAGCGCGUGCUGAUACCGCCUGCAAUCACUGCUCAAGUCGAGGUUGACCGCGGGAAUGCACAUUCUCGCACAAGUUCCGCUCUGAAAGCGCAAUAAGGGCCGACGAUUUGUGACGCUGCUCGAUCGAUCGAUCGCGAUGUUCGUAAAGUCCGCUGCCUGGAUAAUCUGUAUCGUUAUAGUAUGCUUACUGAAUAAAUUGAUUAGGAUUGCCGAUUUAAUGAGUUCAACGGGUCGAACGAUCGCAGAGUCACUCACAAAUCAUCGAGAUUUUCUCGCGCCCCACUCUCUCCUCGAGCAGCAGAUUAAAGUAAACCUUUUAAUAUCUCUGACACAGCUGCCGCUUCAAGAGCACCGCGUAGAAUAUUCAGUGUAUCAGUUUAAAAGAGAAAAAACGUGAAGAAAGAAAGAGGACAUGGGAAAGAAGAAGAGUAUCUCUUUUUUUAUUCACGCGGUGAGAUAUAUUAUAUCGUGAACGGGAAACGAAACGCGCGCUUGAUGGAUCCUUAAUCGGGACAUGCAGGGAGAGAAAAACGUAUUCCACGUUAUUCCGUGAAACAUUAUCCUUCGUUGUUCCCCCUUUCUCGUCGUAAAUGUCUAUUCGUGCGUAGAUAAAAAAAAACGGCUAAAUUCCAUCGGAAAGUCUACUAGGAUAAGGAAUUAUCUGUGUGUCGUGUUUCUAUAUCGUAGAGAAUAUGUAGAGCGAUGGUCGCGCGAGCUUGAUGACAGAUUUUCGUCAUCUUGGGAUCCGCGUGGGCGGGUUUAGGCGUCGAGGAGUCCGACGAGGAUGUUUACGAAGAAGUCCGAAAGAGCGUUUCGUUGCCGUAUAUAUAAAGGAAGUGCAAGAGCGAUGAUGAUGAUGCAUUUCGAAACGUCUAUUGAAAUGGGUUAACGAUUGUUUUACGCGAAGGAACAUUUAUUAUCCUUGCGCGACGCGGACGGAACUUCAGAGGAAUAGUGGUUGUGAUUCUUUUUUUUUUAUUAAGGUUCAAUCUUCGUGGAGGAUGACAGAAUCGUUUUCGAGAAAGAAAAGGAGACCUUGUCCGCGUAUAUAAUCGGGAAAACUAAUAUCGAAACUGUCGAAAAUAAAAAGACAGAUAUUUUCAAUGAUCGAGUCUCUGUAGUGUCGCACAAACAAGUUUGCAAUUCGUUCGCGCGAGAAAGUUUCCUGGAAAUGAGAUCCGACUAAUCUUGGAGGACUUUUGAAAGAUAGAAAUGUGCGUCAGAGGGAUGAUCCGUCGAAAACAGCAUUUUCCAUAAAAAGAACAAUCGUGAUAGAGAAAACUAGUUUGACAGAUAGUAAAAGCCAAGUAUUACUGAAUGAAGACAUGGCGCAACGAUAAAGACUGGAUUAAAGCUCCGUUACAAUGGCGAGGAAUGUCAUGUCAUCGAUUCUAUAUCGACGUAUCAUAAAUUUACGCGAGUAGAGAUUCAAAGUUAAAAAGAAAACGCUUACCCGAAUGACUAUUUCGCCCGGCCACUGUUUGAGAUAUCAAUGUCGUUGAAGAAAUAAUCGAUCGCUAUUCCUUAAAUAGAUUCGUUUCCAGACAGACCUCGCGGUUCAUCGCCGGCGACCUUAAAAUCAUCAUGUGACGUCACAUGAAUUCACUUGGAAGAGUCUAUUAGGAUCGAUGAAACUUUUUGUACUUAACUUUUUCUUAACUAGGGCGUUUUACCGUAAAGCGGGUGACGAAUUGACGAGAUGGUGAUGACGGUGAUGAGGUACAAUGAUGAACAAUUAAUAACGCGGAUGUAGAUUUCGAAUAUCCCGCUUAUUCGAAAUCCUCACUACUUAAAACAUGAUUUUUAGCAAAUCGAUCUCCUGUAUUCAUUUUUACUGCACGGCGAGAACGUGAAAAACAUUUGAGGUCUUGUUAUAGGAAAUGUUUACCAAGAAAUUUUCAUAAAGAUGCCGAUACAAAUUCUUGCUUGAAUAACGUAAAAAAUUUAAGACAUACGACAUAAAAACUUAUGAAGGAAAGUCUUUACAAAUUUUGGAAUAUCUGUGCUGUCUUGGCUACCCAUUUCAAUAUUUUUUUCUCUUUUGUGAGAUUGAAGGAGAGACCAGGUCAAGCAUCUCGAUUCUAAACAUUCGUGUAGUCGUAAUCCUAAGAAAUCCAUUUAAUGUCGAGUCCGUGUGCGUACCCCUAAAUCGCAAUUGUCACAUCUUGCGACGUUAUAUUAAAUCAACGUGACGCUCAUAAAUUCGAAUCGAAAUCAAAAACGUGUCGGUUUAGGAGGCAACAGCCUUGAGUGACCGAUCUAGCUGCGAUUUAGGGAUGUAUCGUAUGUAGAAGAGAUCGAUUUUCGUCUGAAAUUACGAAGAAAAACAAAGAUACAUAGGGAGGAAAGAAAAUUGAUAUGCAGGUGAUAUAACGGAGAGACAAGUGCGAUUAAGCGCGAUAUACCGAAACUGUAACUUAUAGAGGACAUCUUUGCUCACAUUAUUCUCGCGAGAUCCAUGGAGACGAAAAAUAAUAUUGAUCGCGAACAGAGAGUCGUCUUUUUGUUUUUGUUUUUUUUUUCAGGUUGCAGCUAAAUACGGGGUUGUCCGUCAUCGGAUUUUACUACUUGAAGAUUUGCAAAAGUCGAGAGACCUCUCAGAGUAAAAGACGCUUACGCGAUGGAUUUCGCUGAAUGAAGGUCGGAGAAAGCUCUCCUCUAUACGAGACACAUUCGUGCCUACACGAAAAUGAUGGUGCUCGAUUAGACCGAUCGUUGAUUGACCGUUUGUUAAGAUACGAUGUGGUAUCGAGGCGAGCGAUCGGGAGAGGAUGGUGAUGAAAACGAUUUGUCUUGUCGCUGCAAUCGACACGCGAUAUAGCGCGGCCUUCGGGUCCGGUUUCUAUAGAUUAGUGCGUAAGUUUUUACCGCCUGUGUAAGUUUACACACACACACACGAUACCUUUUGUUCCGAUAUUUACGCGGGAUUUGUUUUUCAUGCAUAUAUAUAUAUACAUAUAUAUUUAUAUAUGCUCAUCGUUCGGUCUUAUUCGUCUGAUUAUUUAUUUUUUAUUCUCUUCGUUUACUGUGUAUUGUGCAUUGCGCAAUCAUUGUAUCGCAUUCACCAGAUGCUGAAGAGCGUUUGAAUGAUGAAAAUCGAUUGUCGAAAAAAUCUGUGAGAAGAGAUUGUUUUUUUUUUUUUUUUUUCGAUUAAACCAUGCGCGACCAAGGUUUUAUUUCGCUGAUUAGCGAAAGAGAAGAGAAGAGAGCGAGAAAAUUUUAUAAUAAGAAAAACGUGUAAAAGAAAAGAGAGACAGAAAGAGGCAUUGUAGUAUUGAAGAAAAGAGGGAAAAAAUGAAAACAAUCGAUAUUGUUAUAAAUACGAUUAUUAUCGUAUCGAUUAAUUUUAACAACUAUUGUGCUUGUUAUCAUUGCGCCAUUAUUAUUAUUAUGCUAUUAUUAUUAUUGCGAUUACUCUAUUAAUAUUAUUACGAUUACGUUUCACGAGAGCGGGUCAUUAUCAUCAUUAUCAUCAUCAUCGUUUUCUCUUUUCAUUUCUCGUGUAUGAAUAGAGAAGUUUUUAUAAUAUUUCCCGAUACCUUGAUAUAUAUACGUAUGAUAGCGAAUUGUUGGGUGUACAAGGGAGAAUAGAUCUAAAAGAAAAAAAGAGAGAGAAGAGAAAGCAAAGAAAGAGAAAAAGAAAAG